AUGGCAGAUAACAAGGAAGUGGAUAAGAAAGAUGUCGACCCAGAAUUGGAUGAUUUGUUAGAUAGUGCUCUACAAGACAUGACACCUAAGCCCGAACAGCAACCUGCUGGAGAAAGUACAAAUAUGUGGAGCGAAGAGUUUAUAAAGGAAGCUGCUGCUCAGUUUGAGAGCAAUAUGGCUGCUUUACUUGGAAGUUUUAGCGGCAUGCCCGAAGAGCAAAUAUCACAAGAACAGAUAGCACAAACCUUCUCUAAAAUGGCAGAGGCAGCAGCUCAAGUGCUGAAACCUCAGGCUGAGGGUGAGAGCGAGCAGACACAGUCUGACCCUGAAGUGCAAGACAAGAUUGAUGAGGUCUCAGCAGCCAUAUCGCAGACACUUCAGAACUUGAAUACGAACACAGAAAAUCUGCAGACACCUUUCUCAGAUGCAGAUCUAGUGAACAUGUUCUCUAACUUCAACCUCUCGGAAGGCAACCAGGAAGGCAACAUGUUUGUGCCCUUUAUGCAGGGCAUGAUGCAGUCAUUACUCUCGAAGGAGGUGCUGUACCCCUCCCUGAAAGAGCUGGUCGAUAAGUAUCCUGAAUGGCUAAAGCGCAACGAGGGCAAGCUGGAGCCGAGCGAGUACCAGAGGUUCGCGCAGCAGGAGCAGCUGAUGCAGCAAGUGUGCGCAGAGUUGGAGCCGGAGCUAGAGUCAGACCCAGAGGAUGUCAAGAAACGCCGUUUUCAGGUUGUCCUGGAACUUAUGCAGAAGAUGCAAGACCUCGGCCAGCCCCCCACGGAGCUGGUCGGUGACAUGGCGAACCCUCCGGAGGGCUUCGCGGCGCCCCCAGGGCAAGACCCCUCGCAAUGCACACUGAUGUAG